AAGCUCUAGUAACUCCAGUUGUGCUUCGGUGCUGCCAUGGAUCUCUUGGGGAGCCUCCUGGUCCUCUGCCUCUCCUGUCUGUUUGUCCUGGCCGUGCGGAGGAAGAGUGCCAAGCAUCAGAACCUCCCUCCUGGCCCGACACCCCUGCCGCUUAUCGGGAACCUCCUACAGCUGAAGACCAAUAACCUUAUGGAAUCCCUGCAGAAGAUGUGUGAAAAAUACGGACCUGUGUUCACUGUGUAUUUUGGCCCAGAGCGAGUGGUGGUUCUCCACAGUUAUGAGACAGUGAAGAAAGUUCUGGUUGAACACGGAGAUGAGUUUACCAACCGAGGCACCUUGCCAGUAGCAGAUAAGAUCAACAAAGGAUUCGGUGUCCUCAUGUCCAAUGGUGAGCGUUGGGUUCAGCUCCGUCGUUUCUCCCUCACAACCUUGAGGGACUUUGGGAUGGGGAAGAAAAGCAUCGAGGAGCGAAUCCAAGAGGAGGUCAAGCACCUGGUGAAGGAACUCCGGGCCAAAAAAGGCCAGCCCUUCAACCCAGCAUUCCUCUUCAGCGCUGCUACCUGCAAUGUGAUCAGUCACAUCCUCCUUGGAGAAAGGUUCGAUUACCAAGAUCAGCAGCUUCUCCAGAUCCUUCACUGGCUCACUGAAAGUCUCCGGAUUGAGAGCUCCACUGCAGGGCAGCUCUACAACCUCUUCCCCAGGAUCAUGGACUACUUGCCUGGCCCUCACCAAACCUACUUCAAAAACCUCAUCUGUAUCCACAACUUUAUAGACCAGAAGGUGAAAGAUCACGAGGAAACCUUGGAUGCCAACGAUACUCGAGACUACAUAGAUUGCUUCCUCCUCAAAAUGGAGCAGGAAAAGUACAAUUCCAAGACUGAGUUUACUAGAGAGAACCUGAUUAUGACGGCUUAUGACAUAUUCCUUGCCGGGACAGAAACCACCAGCACCACCCUGAGAUACAUCUUAAUGGUCCUGACAGAACACCCAGCGGUGGAAGCAAAGAUCCACGAGGAGAUAGACCGAGUGAUAGGCCGAGAGCGCCCUCCUGUUAUGAAGGACCGCCCUCAGAUGCCAUACACGGAAGCCGUCGUACACGAGGCACAGAGGUUUCUUGAUUUACUCCCUUUAGGGCUCAUCCGUAUGCCAAGACGGGACGUUGAAAUUGAAGGCUUUAACAUACCCCAGGGAACCACCAUCUUUCCCAUGCUGACCUCUGCACUGCAUGACCCCAAACAGUUUAAAAAUCCACAUUUGUUUGACCCAAAACAUUUCCUGGAUGAAAGAGGAACCUUCAAGAAGAAUGGAGCAGACAUACCUUUUUCUGCAGGGAAGAGGAACUGCCUAGGAGAGGGUUUGGCCCGCAUGGAGCUCUUCUUAUACCUCACCAGCAUCCUGCAGAACUUUCGUCUCAAGCACCCUCCAGGAGUCACCAAAAUCGACCUCACACCAGAUGUCAGUGGGAUUUUAAAUGUGCCGCGCCAAGUCCAGAUCUGUUUCUGCCAACGCUAAUCAGCUGCCUCCCCACCCAUAGUAUUGCUGGGGGUCUCACAAGGACUUCCACCUUCUCUCACUGAUUCAGUCUCUAGCUACAAAAUAGAUGUGAGCCUGUUGGGGUUCAGGAUUAGAUCUGCUUCUUAGCUUCACCCAAUGGAUCCUGGGAACUGGACUUUCAGAAGGCUUCACAGCAUUCUCUGCAGAAGGCACCGACAGGCUGUUUCUUUGCCAGGUGGCUAUCAGAAUUACCACAGUCAUGAUAAAGUAAAGUAAGGCUGUGCCUCUAUCCAGAGAGUGGAUUCUUUUUCAAUGACAAACAAUGAAUCCACUCUCAUUUGCUACCAGAGAAUCUACUCUCAGAACACCUCUGAAACAAUAAAACCCAGUACUCCAUGGGCUUGUGGGUUUGGGGGUGAUUUGUAUACUAUGUGCACUACACCACCACUCACUCUGGGCCACCCCAGUGCCCCCCAAGUGGAGUUAUGGGGCUGCUGAAAUCCCCAUUAUUCCCUAUGGGGUGAAAUUUAAAGAUACGCAAAGUUCAGGAAUUCUUUAAAUAUCCUCCCUUGCUCAGUCACUCUGAAACCUGGAUAGUAGCAGGCAUCCACUGGGGCACUACCACCCAACCCACUCUUCUGCCCCCAAAGCCCCUUUUCUGCCCUGAAUCUUCCCCAAAGAUCCACAAACUUCAGAAAUUCUUUAAAAAUCACCCCUUUACCCAGUUCCUUUGGAAUCUGGUUGGUAGCAGGCACCCAUUGGGGCACUACCACCCAACCCACUGUGGCACUUCUAGGGGGCACACACAGGCAAAAAUGGGCACUGUCUGUCCCCAUUGUCCCAUAGGGUGGAUGCAGCACACAUUAACAACAGCAGAGCUUGCAAAGAACAAGGUUUCCAAAGGUCACGCACAUCCACUGUGUCCCACCAUCCCCCCCCAACAGAAAUGCAAUUGAUCUACACACAACAGUGUGAAACAACAACAAUGAAAUGCACUGUCCCACACACACCCUCCCUAUGCAGAAUAACAUCAGCAGCCAGCAGCAAGCAAGCAAGUGUGAUAUCACAGAUGCAGCAGACUAGGGCCAACAACAGCCUCAAAUGUGCCCUCAAAUACACACAGAGAGAGAGAGAACUUGUCCUGUGCCCAUGCCUUAGGCCACCAAAAUACACAGGCACAACACCAAGCCAUUGAAUUGCAUAUUGCAUAUUGCAUAUUGCAGAGAGAGAGAGAGACUUGAGAUUAUGUAGGGGGGAAACAUAGUAUACCUGUGCGUAUGUGCUCUGCAAAAGGGUUAGUAGGUUUAUUCAUUUGAUUUAGGGUUUAACAUUUUGGGGUUUAGGGUUAAAAUUUUGGCUAUGGCUUCAGAAUGCCAUGUGCUCUAUGUGUGGUCUUGGCUGGGGGUGGAGCGUGGGGGGGUAGGUGGGUGCACGUGUGUAUGUUCUGCUGCUGCUUCAGUCACAGACCUUCCAUGGCUGGAAAAAAUCAAAGCCAAGUCUCAGAAAACGAACAUUAAAGAGACAAGUGAAAGCCACAUAACAAAACAGAAAUGCCUGAACAACUCAUCAUCACAUCAUCAGCAUCGGCAUCAGAUUAUCACCUUGGCAUUCAUCAUUUGCAUUACAGCAUCAGUUCAAUGACAGCAAUUCUUUCAUAUCAGCAUGCAUCUUCCGAAACCCUCCCUCCUGCCACCCCCACCCCAAGCGCAGCCUCUGUGGGUGGGGGGUGGGGGUGGGGGUGGUGCUGGGCCACAGUGGCGCCAGGCCAGGCCAGGCCGCGCCACCCACCUCCGUCAUGGGCCUCGUGGUGUCAUGCGUAGUUGAAACAAAUCAAACAAUGUUCAACAUUAAAGGGAAACCAAGCAAGCCCUGUGUGACAGUGUGCUCUACGUGUGUGUGUGUGUGUGUGUGUGUGUGUAGUUCAGCAUAAGCAUGUGUGACACCUAGCAUCCCAGAAAGGUUCCUGUGCCCGCACACGCAGCAGCCUGCAGGGACCGGUGGGGAGGGUGGCAAGGUGGAUAUGGCUGGACUAGCAGCUGGCUCCACCUGCACCACCUCCACAUCUCCCAUGGGAAGAACGUCUUCCCUGGCAGGGGAGGCCCUCCCCACUAACACAGCUGCCCAGCUGCAGGCCCUGGCGUAGAGCCAGGCAGAGGAGAGAAGUCCAAUCUGCACACCAAAGCAGAGGUGGGGGUGACUCAGUGAAUAGGCCCCUGUCGCCGACCCCACCACGACCAGCAAGAAAAACCGUCCCCCUGUCUGGCACUCUUCCACCUCUCCCAACCUUCUCUUUGGGGGCUUCUUUUUAAAACCCUGACUUAUUUUUAAAAAACCAAAAAAACCCUUUUUUGAAAGAAUUGGUGAUAACGAAUUGUUUAAUCCAGGCCUACAAAUAAGUAUAUAAAAGUGUGUAUCAAGGUAUAAUUCAGGAAAGUUUGGUUCCUAUCCCUAAUGGAGUAUAGAGCCAGCAGGUUGCUCAGAGUUGAGAAGCCUCUCGGUAACAGAGGCCAAAGUCAAGAGCAGGAGGCCCCCUCUCAAGAAUGUGGGUUGAGAAGCCCACCAGAGAUAACAGGUACCAGGACCUGUCAAACACAGGCCAUUAGCUAAAUUCCUCAGUCAGCAGAAAGAGGAUCUCACUGAUAUGAAGAGAUACCAUAGGGAUUAAAGUUGUCAUAAAGGCCCGGUAGUAACUCAUCUUCCCAAGCCCUAGGUGGCACCUCUGGAAUAUGUAUGUUUAAUAUGUUUAAUAACUAAUAACGUAUAUUAAUCACUUUGUUAAUAUGCUUAUAAAAACUAGCCAACUGUAUGGCUUGGGUGCGCAGUAUCAGCCAGAUGCUCUCUGAUGAUACUCGUGCCUUUCAUGACAUGAAAUAAAAGCUUUUUUUCUUUUAGCAACUCA